CGAAACCUGGUCUACCGAUAAAACUAUUACAAGAAUAUAAUAACUUCAAUACAAUUUGUUCACAGGCUACCAGGAUGCACGACGUGGGAAGGGCGAGUGGAGGACUGUUAAUUGGUAUAAACAAGGCUUACAAAUACGAACUCCUAGAACUUUCUGCUUGGUGGAUUUUUGUCAGAGUUUUUCUGGACGACUGGAGCUUUGUCCAGGGUAACUUCUAUUUUAGCCCCUCCCAUCCCCUCCAGCAUCUCUUAAAUAUCCUGCAAUUGACUAUAAACGAUAUACGAGCUGCACACCGACACGAGAUGCUCGGAACCAGGGCAAUGCCCUGGGUAGGCAACCAGGGCACAGUUCACGAAGAAGCCUUAUUAGGCUCCUCGUUACAUUCAUUACGCUCCUCGCUAGAUACUUUUAUCUCACCUAGAGGUUCACAGCUCAUGGAUUUUUGUGACAUAAAUGGGCUUAUUCUGCUCAAUGGAAGAGCCCCUAGUGACUCUUCUGCCCAAUAUACCUACUGUUCCUCUACGGGUAAGUCAGUUAUUGACCUGGUAUGGGUCAACCUGGCGGACGCUAAUAUCAUAGAUGACCUACAAACCUUACCUGAUAUUUCUUUAUCAGAUCACUUUCCAGUUGCUGUCACAUUAAAUAUACCCUUAACAACUCCAUGCCCUAUUCAAACCGCUGAAUCCUUACCCCCACCUGAGAAGCUGAGAUGGAAUCCACAAGCACAAGAAACUUACAAGCACAACUUUUACAAAGAAACAGUUGCUGCCAGGAUCAAGUCCUACAGGUUCGCGGUUGUUCAGAGAUUCUCUAACAUAAAUAAUACCACACAAUUCUGGCGCACUUACAAGAGCUUCAAGAAGAACUUCCAUUCGCCCUCUCUGCCUCUUGCUACCUGGGAAGAAUUUUAUAAAAAUGUAUAUCCGCCAAGAAUAACAGACAAUAGCUUCUAUUUCGGGGUCGCUGACUCCGCUUUAGACGCACCAAUCACGUUCGAUGAAGUACGAGAUGCAAUAUUAGCUAUUAAGAGCGGCAAGGCACCAGGUCCAGACACAAUCACAGGGGAAUUUUUAAAAAACUUGCCCUCUAAUAGGCUACUCUACAUUCAAUCGUUGUUUAAUAAAAUACUAGACACUGAGCAUGUCCCAAGUGACUGGGCACUCGUUGCCAUGUUUAUGGCGAUCAGACUGACCCCAGCAAUUACCGCGGAU